ACGCCACAGCCGGAAACGCCUCGUGUGGACGCUUCAUUUGCGCAUGCGCGGCCUCCAUUCUUCCUUUCCGAAAUCCGAGCGAAAGAGACAAGAUGGGCCACCAGCAGCUCUACUGGAGUCACCCCAGAAAGUUCGGUCAGGGAUCCCGCUCCUGCCGGGUUUGCUCGAACAGACACGGUCUGAUCCGUAAAUACGGGCUGAACAUGUGCCGCCAGUGCUUCAGGCAGUACGCGAAAGACAUCGGCUUCGUCAAGAUGGACUGAUCUCUUGUGCUGACGCCUCCUCAGAUGUGUCACCUGAUCUCUGGAGCACCGGCCGAGAUGAUGGGGAUAAUUCAGCACUGCAAAUAAAUGUGUUUUUUUGUCCAAA